AAAUUAUUGUCUUUUUUAGAUCGUUCACCGCGACCUUGCCGCUCGCAACGUCUUGGUUGGGGAAAAGGAAACUUGCAAGGUAACCGACUUUGGAAUGGCCAGAGACGUGAACCAGGAAAACAUCUACGAAAGGAAGACAAAGAGCCGACUCCCAGUUAAAUGGACUGCUUAUGAAUCACUCUUGUUUGGACGAUACACUACAAAAAGUGAUGUGUGGAGUUUUGGAAUUUUACUUUACGAGAUCUUUACCAUAGGUGGCUCGCCCUACCCGCGGAUGGAUGCCAGAAAAAUGGCAGAUAUCCUUAAUCGUGGCUACAGGAUGCCUAAACCAAGCCAUGUGGAUGAGGCUCUUUACAAGAUUAUGCAAGACUGCUGGCGAGAAGAUCCUGAUGAUCGCCCAACGUUUGAGAAUCUUAGAGAUGAAUUGAAGGAAAUGGAGAACCAGCACCAGAGGUUCAUCAACUUAAAAGAUUAUGACAGGAAACUCUACGAGAAUGUAGAAGAUUUGAUGUGCUAGAUCAUAGAGAUAUACAUCGUGUUAUCGUUUGCAUAUCUUGACAGCAAAAGAGUGCAAUGCAAGAUUGAUGUUUUAGAUAGUACUAGUUUCAUGUAGCCAGUAAGUAGUUAUGCAGAAGAUACAAAAUAGUUAAACGUAUUUUUCUAAACUUUGUUAGAAUAAGAAACAAUAAACAAAAUUAGAACGAACAUUCUUUCCUCUUCUAUACCAUCAAAGGGGAGGUGCAGUUUGAUAUUUGAGUGUUUUAGCUGUAUGCUUGCUUCAAGAAGCACGCGAAUUAGAUUUGUAUCCUCUUUUGAACCGGGCGUAUAUCGAUAGACUUUUUGUGGGAACAACAAAAUCAGCAACCAUGCAGAAAUGCCUUCUCAGCGUUACAUAUAUAGAAAAGGAUGAAUUCCUCGAUCAAAGCUUACAUAUCAGUACAUGUAUUACCAGUAAAAUGACUGGAGUUUCGCUUAAAUAAUGGCAAAUGCUCUCAUUAAUCCAAUA